CCUCGCUGGAAUCUCACGUCCCUUUCAGCUCAACUUUGCGGCUCCACCAGCAAAGCAAGAACGUUGUAUCGCAGUCAUUGUAUUGAGAUGGCUGAGGCCGUAGGUCUACUUGCGAACAUUAUCCAACUUCUUACGUUUGCCACGGACAUUUAUGAACGCCUGGAAGAAUGUGCGUCGUCCAUCAAGGGCUUACCGUCGGUUCUUGAAGGUCUGCACAAUCGAAUGCCCGUCCUUGUGAAAGCCCUCCAGAACACCAAGAUGGCAAUGGACGCUGGGGCUAUGGACGAACAGUCCACAACCGCAUUGCGCCAGGCUAUACGCGGAUGCGAAGGUCAGAUGAGCCAACUAAACGACAUUAUCGACAAAGUUAUUCCACCGGCGGGGGCUUCGAAGUUUACACGCAAGUGGAAAGCAGUAGGAAGUGUGCGAUAUGACACCAAAGUGGAAAAAUUAGACGACCAGAUACAGAGAUAUGUCAACGUUCUUUCUCAUUACCACUCAACUGCAAACCUUGUCAAGCUAGCAGCCCAGCCUCCUCCUGUACCACGCUCGACGGUUCCCUACAGAGAAGACAUUCAUUUUGUGGAUCGUAAAUUUCUGACCAUCCAGCUUUCUGCAAAAUGUGAGGAGCCUGCAGCGCGAGUAGCACUGGUAGGGCCUGGUGGUGUAGGUAAAUCGCAGCUUGCAAUCGACUACGCCCAUAAGAUCCGAAAAAGCUCACCUGACACGUGGGUGUUCUGGAUCAAUGCAGACAGUGCGGCAACAUUCGAGAAAGGCUUUGAGGAUAUAGCUGACAAGGCCCACAUUUAUGCGUACAAUCCGCAUGACCCUGAAAGAAUGCAUACCGUUAAGCGAUGGCUUAUGGAAGAGAAAAACAAGUGGUUGAUCAUCUUGGAUAAUGCUGACGACCUGAACGCCUUGCUACCGAACGAUGACGCGCCCACCGACUCAAAGGAGAAAAGCUGUGCGUUACGCAAAUCCCCGGGACAGGACCUCUUAGCGCUGCUUCCACAAUCACCUAAUGGUAGAUACAUUGUCACUUCUCGUAACAAGCAAGCCGCCACUCGGAUUGUCCUGGGGGAGUACCACAACGUUAUCGAGGUCGAAGAGAUGGACGAAGAAGACGCUCUGGCCUUGUUGAAACGGAAACUGGUGGAAUCCCCAGAUGAUGCGGAAGCCAAACAGCUGGUGGACGCUGUGGGCCGAAUGCCACUGGCCAUCUCAAACGCCGCCGCUUUCAUUAAUGAGAGGCGACCCCAAUGGAGUGUAGCCAGGUACAUUGAAGAGCUCGACAAAGGUGAUGAUGAACGACUGUAUCUAUUAGAAGAAGAUGUUUAUGAUGCUCGUAGGGAGAUUCAAGAAGGACGGUCGAACUCAAUCGUACGCACCUGGCAGGUAUCCUUCGACCACAUCCGCGAGCACAGACCCUCGGCUGCCCGACUUUUAUCGCUCAUGAGUCUUAUUCGCCUGCACAGCAUCCCUGAAUAUCUGCUCGUCGGACAGUAUGCCCAGCUAUCAAAAGAAAAUCGCAAGAGAUGGUAUAAUCUCACAAGCCUGAAACAGAGAUGCAAGGACAGCAGCGAAACACCCAUAAAGGAUGAUUUUGAAGGAGAUUGGAGAGUCUUGCACAGCUUCUCGUUGAUCAAGACCGCAAUAGACGGACACCACUUUUCCAUGCACAAACUCAUCCAAGCUUCUACCCGGAGAUGGCUCCAGCUCCAUGGAACACUUGACAAGUGGAUUCACAGACAUCUCGAAGUAUUGAACGACAAAUACGAUGAGGAUCUUCUAGAAAGACCUGCCGAAUUAGUGCUCCAUGCUUAUACUGCAUUGGCGUGGAAUCCGUCAGACAAGGAGACAUUAGGGCUCUCUGCCUUGCUCCUCUACAAAAUCGUCGAUCAAGACGGAUGGCUUUUUUCGAAGGAAAAAGAAGAACAGUAUUUCAAAGGCGCCGUAGGCCUGCUUGCAACUGCGUACGGACGAAGGCACCAUCAAACACUGAAAGCAGCAACGACGCUGGCGGACUUUUAUGUUCGAAAUGGAAGACCCGCUGAGGCGGAAAAGGUGUACGGGAUGGUUUUGCAAGCAAAGAUAAAGACAUUGGGCCCUACUCAUCUGGACACACUCGCCUGUAUGGACAGGCUGGGAGUAAUUCUUGGAAAACAAGGAAAAUAUGAAGAUUGGGACAUUCUCUUUAGACGGACAAUGGAGAUAAGGCAACGAAAAUACGGUAUGGGACACGACGAGACCCGAUUUGCCCUGCGAGCGAGGAGGGUCGAUUUGGUCUUCCAAGGUAGAUACGAAGAGGCCUUGGAAAUAUCCUUUCGUGACCAUGACGAACGAAGAAAGCUAAUUGGCGAUGCGUAUGACUGGAUUUGGUGCGAGGAGGUAGAGCUGGUUGCGGGCUUGCUUCACUGGAAAGGACAUGACAAGAAGGCGGAAUCACUGUACCGCGACGUCAUUUCUCACAAGGAGCGUCACCUCGGAGACAGCCACCAAAAAACAUUGGCCAGUGUUGAAAGGCUCUGUGCUGUGUCUCUUAGCCAGGCAAAGUGGGCAGAAGUAGAGAUACUGUGCACGCGUGUUCUGACGCAUUGGACGGAUCGAAAAGAAGAGGACAAGAGAGAUGCCAUGGUCAGACUUAUCUACGCCUUCCUGAAGCAGAAUAAACUGGAAGAAACAGAGGCGCUUGCCCGCACUGUUCUGGAGGAAAGUCUCAAAACAAACGGAGCAGAAUCAAGUGAAGCCAUUAUGCCCUCACUUCUGCUUGGCUCAUCGCUACGUAAACAAGGACGCUACGACGAGGCCCUCUCCUUCUUGGAACCCGCAUGCAGAAGCGCGCAAAAGACUUGGGGCGAAGAGAGCCAAGAUACUCAAGAAGCCUUCAAAGAGCUAUCUCGCUUAAAAAGAGUCAUAUCAUCCACAGAAUUGGCACAUGAUAGCUCUGCUUCCUUGCAGGCAGCCUCUUUGAUAUCUGGAGCAUCAGAGGCGGUUAUUGGCGAUGAUCUUGACUUCCAGACGUCAUGCGCACCCCAAUAGAGACACAUCGACAUGUGUCAUCCUGGAAGCGGUCCCAUGGUUCGUUUCGAUGCGAAACACCCCAUAUAGCCGGGAAAUGACCACACUGUGGCUAGCUUCUCCUUCCCUUGCGCAGUUCGAAUGGAUUCAGAAGACGGUUGACUAUAACGAGUGAGGAGCGCAGGACUUCCUCCCUAACAUACCACGGUGAAAGCAUAUUCGAAAGUCAAGCUCUUUCGCGUGUCUCUUGGUAAACCGGUCAUUUUCGGGCCGAGACGGUGUUCGGACUGCCAGCGAGGUAUUAGAUCCU